UUCCCGCCCGGCCCCCCUCUCCUCGGUGCGCCUCCGCAGUGUGGCUCCGUGUCCGCCAGAGGGCACCGCGGUUCCGGUCUGCAGCUGCGCCAUUCGAUUGUGGAAAAUGCCACCAGAUGGCGGCUUAGGAUUGCUGCUCUUCUGAAAGGCGCGGUUUCUACUCGCGGUCUUAUUAUUUUUUUCCGUAGCCAAAAAAAAAACAACAACAAAAACAAAACAAAAAAAUUAAAUUCCUCGACGGUGUAAAAUAUAUCGCUAGAGCGUUUGGUUUUCGCACGGCGCCGGACGGAGUGGCGAUGGCCGGAGGAGGCUGUGUGAUGUGACCAUCCUGGAGGUAGCGUGAGAGACCCGGACGACUUCUCCUACACAUUCUUACCAGUGACCAAGACAAAGGCUGUGUUCCCUGAUCAGACCCAGAAAACACAGCUGUACUUCGGAAGGGCUGUAGGAAGCUGCUGGGGAGGAGAAGCUUUCCACGAUGAUUACGUCAGAGUUGCCAGUAUUGCAGGACUCUACCAACGAGCCGGGCCAAGCGGAGGCCGUCAGUCUGGGUGUGAAUGAGCUGGAGGACACCGGCGAGGUCAAGGGCAAGAAGAAGAGAGGCAGACCGGGCCGGCCGCCGACGGCCAAUAAGAAGCCCCGCAAGACGCCAGUGGACAAGCCGCAGUCGGGGGCGCCGCGAGGCCGGAAGCCAAAUGGCGUGGCCCAGCAGAACGGCGAAGGGGACGCCAUCACCCUGUUCGAGGUGGUCCGACUGGGAAAGAGCGCUAUGCAGUCGGUGGUGGAUGAUUGGAUUGAGUCUUACAAACACGAUCGAGACAUAGCACUUCUGGACCUCAUCAACUUCUUCAUUCAGUGCUCCGGCUGUAAAGGCACUGUAAGGAUCGAGAUGUUCCGAAACAUGCAAAACGCGGAGAUUAUCCGGAAAAUGACAGAAGAGUUUGACGAGGACAGUGGUGACUAUCCGCUCACCAUGCCCGGGCCCCAGUGGAAAAAGUUCCGCUACAACUUCUGCGAGUUCAUCGGGGUGCUGAUCCGGCAGUGCCAGUACAGCAUCAUCUACGACGAGUACAUGAUGGACACGGUCAUCUCCCUGCUUACGGGCCUGUCCGACUCCCAAGUCCGUGCCUUCCGGCACACAAGCACCCUGGCAGCCAUGAAGCUGAUGACGGCGUUGGUGAACGUGGCGCUGAACCUGAGCAUACAUCAGGACAACACGCAGCGGCAGUAUGAGGCCGAGCGGAACAAGAUCGUCGGCAAGCGGGCCAACGAGAAGCUGGAGCUCCUGCUGCAGAAGAGGAAGGAGCUCCAGGAAAACCAGGACGAGAUUGAAAACAUGAUGAACUCCAUCUUCAAGGGUAUCUUCGUCCACCGGUACAGGGACGCCAUCGCCGAAAUCAGAGCCAUCUGCAUCGAGGAGAUCGGCGUGUGGAUGAAGAUGUACAGCGACGCCUUCCUCAACGACAGCUACCUGAAGUACGUGGGCUGGACGCUGCAUGACAGGCAAGGUGAAGUCCGCUUGAAGUGUCUGAAGGCGCUGCAGAACCUCUACACAAACCGGGAGCUAUUUCCGAAGCUAGAGCUCUUCACCAACAGAUUCAAGGACCGCAUCGUCUCCAUGACACUCGACAAAGAGUAUGACGUCGCCGUGGAGGCCAUCAGGCUGGUGACCCUAAUCCUGCAGGGCAGCGAGGACGCCCUGUCCAACGAGGACUGCGAGAACGUCUAUCACCUGGUCUACUCGGCCCACAGGCCCGUGGCGGUCGCUGCGGGAGAGUUCCUGCACAGGAAGCUGUUCAGCCGACACGAUCCUCAGGCGGAAGAGGCUCUGGCCAAGCGCCGGGGCAGGAACAGCCCCAACGGGAACCUGAUCCGCAUGCUGGUGCUCUUCUUCCUGGAAAGCGAGCUCCACGAGCAUGCGGCCUACCUGGUAGACAGCCUGUGGGACAGCUCCCAGGAGCUGCUUAAGGACUGGGAGUGCAUGACCGAACUGCUCCUGGAGGAGCCCGUCCAGGGGGAGGAAGCCCUGUCUGACCGCCAGGAGAGCGCCCUCAUCGAGCUGAUGGUGUGCACCAUCCGCCAGGCUGCCGAGGCCCACCCGCCAGUCGGCAGAGGGACCGGAAAGAGGGUUCUGACGGCGAAAGAGAGGAAGACUCAGAUCGAUGACAGAAACAAGUUAACUGAGCAUUUCAUUAUGGCGCUUCCCAUGCUACUCUCCAAGUAUCAGGCAGAUGCAGAGAAGGUAGCCAACCUCCUGCAGAUCCCCACCUUCUUCGACCUUGACGUGUACAGUGCUGGGCGGAUGGAGAAGCACCUAGACGCCCUGCUGAAGCAGAUCCGUUUCGUGGUGGAAAAGCACACGGAGACAGAGGUACUGGAAGCCUGCAGCAAGACCUACAGCAUUCUGUGCAGCGAGGAGUACACCAUAAUGAACCGGGUGGACAUCGCUCGCAGCCAGCUGAUCGACGAGAUGGUCGACCGCUUCAGCCACUCCGUGGAGGACCUUCUGCAGGAGGGUGAAGAGGCGGACGACGACGACAUAUACAACGUCCUCUCGACUCUCAAGAGGCUCACAGCUUUCCAUAACGCCCACGAUCUCACCAGGUGGGACCUUUUCGGGAACUGCUACAGGUUACUGAAAACCGGCAUCGAGCAGGGCUCCAUGCCCGAGCAGAUUGCAGUACAGGCCUUGCAGUGUUCACAUUACUCAAUCUUAUGGCAGCUAGUCAAGAUUACCGAAGGUUCUCCUACUAAGGAUGACCUUGUAGCGCUGCGGAGGGUUGUCAAGUCCUUCCUGGCUGUGUGCCAGCAGUGUCUGUCCAACGUCAACACGCCUGUCAAGGAGCAGGCCUUCAUGCUGCUGUGUGACCUGCUCAUGAUCUUUAGCCACCAGCUGACCAACGGGGGUCGCGAGGCUCUGCAGCCGCUGGUCUUUAACCCCGACGCGCAGCUGCAGAACGAGCUGCUCAGCUUCGUCUUGGAUCACGUCUUCAUUGACCAGGACGAUGAGAGCCAGAGCAUGGAGGGCGACGAAGAGGACGAAGCCAAUAAGAUUGAGGCCUUACACAAGCGGAGGAACCUCCUAGCUGCCUUCAGCAAGCUCAUCAUCUACGACAUCGUGGACAUGCCGGCCGCUGCGGACAUCUUCAAACACUACAUGAAGUACUAUAACGAUUAUGGUGACAUCAUCAAAGAGACUCUGAGCAAAACCAGGCAAACUGACAAGAUCCAGUGCGCCAAGACACUCAUCCUCAGCCUUCAGCAGCUAUUCAACGAGCUCAUUCAGGACCAGGGGCCCAACCUGGACAGGACGUCCUCUCACGUUAGUGGUAUCAAGGAGCUGGCUCGCCGCUUUGCUCUCACCUUUGGAUUGGACCAGAUCAAGACCAGGGAGGCUGUGGCCACACUCCACAAGGAUGGAAUAGAGUUUGCCUUCAAGUAUCAGAAUCCAAAAGGGGCUGAGUAUCCGCCUCCUAACUUGGCCUUUUUGGAGGUUCUCAGUGAGUUCUCCUCCAAGCUCCUGCGGCAAGACAAGAAGACUGUCCACUCCUAUCUGGAGAAGUUUCUGACGGAGCAGAUGAUGGAGCGCCGCGAGGAUGUCUGGCUGCCCCUCAUCUCCUACCGCAACUCGCUGCUGACCGGUGGUGACGAGGACCGGCUCUCCGUCACCAGCGGCGGCGCCAGCAGCAAGGCCAGCUCCGUCCGUAGCAAGAAGGGCCGUCCGCCGCUGCACAAGAAGAGGAUCGACGCAGAGGAAAGUGUGGAGGGCUCGUGGCUCAUGCGCAAUGACACCAUCCAGACACCGGGGGCGCUGCAGACCCCACAGCUGACCUCCACCGUGCUGAGGGAGAACCCGCGGCAGGCAGCCGAACACAUGCCGGACCAGGACUCUGAGCCCGGCUCUGAGUCCGACUACGUCCACAAUCCCCAGAUGCAGAUGUCCUGGCUCAGCCAGCAGAAGCUGGAGGAGGUGAACAGGAAGGACCGGACCGGGAUGAGCUACAUGAAGGCUCGGAGUGGGGGAGUUAGGCAGACUGUUCGCGGCCUCAUGGAGGACGACGCGGAGCCCAUCUUCGAGGACGUGAUGAUGUCGUCCCGUGGUCAGCUGGAGGACAUGACCGAGGAGUUUGAGGACACCAUGGUCAUCGACUUGCCGCCAUCUAGGAACAGACGAGAGAGGGCAGAGUUGAGACCAGACUUCUUCGACUCGGCGGCCAUGAUUGAGGAUGACUCGGGAUUCACCAUGCCCAUGUUCUGAAGAGACGGCCCUUCUGGCUGCCAGCAAGAGGGCCUCAACUGUGAUUUGCCUGUUAAAUAUUUGGAGGAAAAAGUGAAAAAUCCCAAAAAAAAAAUAAGAACAGGAG